AUGCGAGUGCUGUGCCUGCAAAAUGAGUGCCCUAUUUGUCGACAAGACCUUUCAAGGGUUGUGUUUAUGGUUUCUAUCCAACCUUAUAAAGAGCUUCGUAAUUGGGCCUUCACUGAUAGGCUCUUUGAGAGACAAUUCAAGAUUGGAUUUUGCAGUGAGGAAAUCAAACAGGCUUAUGAAAAGUUGCUUGAGAACUGUUGUAAGAUCUGUGAUAAAAUACCACCAUUUCGUACAUUUAGCAUGCUGAGUGAUCACAUGAGGAAAGUGCAUGAAAGAUACUUUUGUGAUCUCUGUGUCAAACAUUUGAAGAUCUUUACUAGUGAGCGCAAGUGUUAUACACGCCAAGAGCUAGCUCACCAUCGACGGAAAGGGGAUCUCGACGACACAUCACACAGAGGUCAUCCGCUAUGUGAGUUCUGUGAAGAGCGUUUUAUGGAUGCUGAUGAGUUAUACCGACAUUUACGCAAGGAGCACUUGUACUGUCAUCUUUGUGAUGCCGACGGACGCAAUCUCUACUAUGCGUCGCACUCUGCGCUUGCGCAUCACUUCAGGACAGACCACUACUUGUGCGAAGAAGGAGAAUGUGCUGGACAACACUUGACAGCUGUAUUCAGGAGUGAAAUUGAUCUCAAAGCUCACAAGGCAACUGUGCAUGGUCGUGGAAUGCCACGUGGUGCGGCUCGUCAGGCGCGGACGCUGGAGCUUCAAUUCAAUAUUACGCCGCACCCUGUCGUCACUCAGAGGACUCCGAGGGAGCAACGCGAUCGCGCGCCGGAGCCGGAGCCCGUCCCGGCCGCGGUGGCGCCGGCCAACAUCGACACGCAGAGCGACGCGCAGUUCCCCGCGCUGUCCGCCGCGCCGCCCGCGCCCGGCCUCGUGCUCGCCGCUCACCAUCGCGUCUAUAAAGGAAUGGAUGGGUUGGCGCGUACGGACAAGAACUUCCCGACGUUGGGAGGAGGGCAGGGCGCCCGCGCCGCCCCGCGCCCCGCCGCCCCCUCGUCGUCGCCUGUUGCAGCUACAAUCGUUAGAAAUUCUAAACCCAGUGUAUCGAUCCAGCUGCACAGCCAACCGGCCUCAGCUAGCAACUUCCGUCUCACUCAGACGAGCGGAAACCGCGGCAUAACCAUUCCGUCGCAGCAUAAGAAAGCGUCGCUUACCGACGAUGACUUUCCUUCGCUGGGAUUGGCCAGAGAUGAUCAUCCCAGUAUUGGAGCUGGCACUGUGCAAGCACCAAAGGUUAGUCUAAUCAAUAGCCAGGAGAUGCAGGCACUCAAAAAUCCACGACACAGUACUCAGCAGAAGAAAACACCAAUAAAUGCCGAGGCGUUCCCAGCUUUAUCUUCGACCUCGGCGCCAGUCGCUACCCCUCAAUGGAUCACCGUUAAGUCUAAGGAUAAACAGAAACCGGCUAAACCCGAGCCGCCCCCGCAGCCGAGAGAACCCUCCUUCAACCCGGUCGCUGACUUUCCGACGCUACCCGCUAAUAAUGUGAAAUCGUCAAAACCUAAAAAGCAACAAGCUCAGUCGAUUCCUUUAGAAAAUACAAAACCGAACAAAAAAGACAAGAAGAAACAAAAUAGUAAAAAGGAAAACUUAGAGGACAUGUUCAACAUGAACGGGACGAACGAUAAGAGGUUACUGAAAGAGUCGUACGCUUCCGUAAACGCCAAUAGCGCCCCCACCGUUGACAGCGGCAAAAAAAUUAAGACUGUAGAAACUUCAAACGGCCCGGUCGGCUCCGAUAACAAUAAGAACGGUGGGACCGGAGACUUUAACUUCGCCGCCAAGGACUACCCGCCGCUCAACGCUAGGAGCGAAAACUGUUUACCAUCAAAGAAAACGCCAAACGGAAGCGUACCACCGGGUUUUAAGCCUCGACCGGCCUGCGACGGAAUGACCUUCACGAAUUCCGCGGGACAGACGUUUCCCGCGCCGCUCCACAGCUACAUCCCGCCACCGGACUUCGAGCACAGGAAUCGCGCCCUAGUGAAGAAGUUCACGGUCACGCUCGGCGCGGGGUCCGCCGUCGAGGACUUCAAGGUGGCGUCGCGAGCGUUCCGCGACAGCUCCAUCGGCGCGGAGGAGUUUCACGCGCACUGCCGCUCGGCGCUGGGCGCGCAGUUCGACGCCGUGUUCCCCGAGCUCGUGGCGCUGCUGCCCGACAUCGCCAAGCAGCAGGAGCUGGUGGUGGGGCGGGGCGCGGGCGAGCUGGCCGUGUGCCCCACGUGCGGCCAGCUGCUGGCGCCGCGGGACCGCUCGGCGCACGAGCAAGCGCACUGGCCGCCGCUCGCCGCCCCCGCCCCCGCCGCCCCCGCCGCGCCGCGCUAG